GAUGCCAGAGGGGGAAAAGAGACAGAGAGAGGGGAGAGAAAGAAAAAUUAGUAUUCUCCUACCAGCCUCGCUAUAAAUCAAUCAUGGAGUCCUAUGUGCUGAGCUGUAAAUAUGCUGAGCCGCAGUUCCCGCCUUGUGAGGAAGAUUACAGUAAUUUUAGUGACCAUGGGGGGUACUACAACAGCCCCCAGGACAGUGGCUCUUACGGAGGGGACUACCCGUCCGUGCAGCAGCCCCCUCCGCCUCCGUACGCACCACAACAAUGCUAUGAACUGCCUCUGCAGGCGCGUCACACGGAGGACGGAGAGGCCCAGGGAGGCGCGCCCUACCCCGGCUACAGGGAGCCGGGCGGCCCCGGGAAGGAGCUGCAGCGCGAGGCCUGGAUGACCUGCGCCAAGCGCGCUCAGGUGCAGCGGAGAGCGGCCUGCCAGGCCAGAGACAGGGCGCCGAUCGUCGUCUACCCCUGGAUGAAGAAAGUGCACGUCGCGCACGUUAAUCCGAACCACGUGGGUCCGGAGCCGAAGCGGCUGCGCACGGCCUACACGCGCCAGCAGGUUCUGGAGCUCGAGAAGGAGUUCCACUUCAACCGGUACCUCACGCGCCGCCGCCGCGUGGAGGUGGCGCACGCGCUGUGCCUGUCGGAGCGGCAGGUGAAGGUUUGGUUCCAGAACCGGCGCAUGCGCUGGAAGAAGGACAACAAGCUGCCCAACACCAAAGGACGGAACAAGAACAAGAAAGCCGCCGACAGCGCCGACGACGACGGUCACGUGAUCGCAGCCGUGUGAGCGCGCGAUCCGGAGCCAGAGACAGCGGCCACGCGCACAUCCACCUUCCUCCAAAAAAGUUGCGAUUCCCCAAACGUGUGCAAAGCAAAAUA